AUGGAGCGGCACGAGGUGGACCGCCUCGUGAUAAGAGCGGCCGUGGAAGCCGAGAGAUUGCUGAGGACCAAGCUCUACUCGCACUUGAGGAAGAUACCGAUCCGUAUGGUCUUGGAGGUUUCUGUCCACCGGAGAGAGCGACAGGAGAUGGAGGUGGCCCUCAGGGAAUCGAUGGAAGUUUCCGAUGCCUUCGGAACAGUCCCGACGAGUCGAGCGGCCAUUGACGCACUUGAGAAAACAAAGCUCCGCGAGGUUUUGGAUUCCGGCUAUGAUGGGUGCGUGAUUUGCAAGGAUGAGACUUCGAGCGAUGGAGAAGUUGCGCGCAUGCCCUGCAAGCAUAUGUUUCACCAUGAGUGUAUCGUUCGGUGGCUCAGCGCGAGUAAUUUGUGUCCGCUAUGUCGUUUUCAGAUGCCCACAUGA